UCCAAAACGGCUGUAUGUUCCUGCAUUGACGUCAAAAAGGAGCGGGCUGGAAGUAUAAAACCCUGCAGACCUCUGGAGUCGCAGCUCACAGGACUUUCCAGAAUCAGACCAGACAUCUGAAAAGUUCAGCUGCAUCAACUGAAGAAAAACAUGACAAUGAAGCCUGCCCCCCUCCUGCUGCUCCUCUCCUCGGUCCUCCUCUCAUCACACCUCCGCCCCGCCGCCGGCAGACCGCACUCUCUCCCCGGCUGGCUGGAUGGCAGCAGCCGCCUCCAGACGCAGCAGAUGGACGAUGUUCUCCUCAGAGCGGCCACGGACAGCGCCGCCUCGGAUCUGGUGGGCGAUAAACUGCUGAGGCUCUUCCAGUGGAGGAACCCGGACCGCCUCCACCUGCUGCAGCCCAAAGUUCACGGCGAGGAGGACGAGGUUCUGAGGACCGCGGCGCAGCUGUUAAAGCGCAGCGAAGAGCCGCCGCUCUCCAUCGACCUGACCUUCCACCUGCUGAGGAAUAUGAUCCAGAUGGCCAAGAUGGAGAUCCAGCGGGAGCAGGCUCAGCUCAACCGCAAGGUGCUCGACGAGGUGGGGAAGUGAAGCUUGUAGAGGAUGCCUGCUUACAGUAUCCAAGACGUCUGAGAUUAGUUCGGUUCCUGCACCUGCCUUCCCACUGACCAUAUUUUACGCACACAUGGUGCCAUUUUACGCAUCGCGUCAAUAACGUGUUUUUGUUUUAUUAAAAUAUAUUGAUGGAAAAUAUGGAAAAGGACUUCUCAGAUCCCCUCAUUCCUAUCCUCACCUUUCAAGCACUCAAUCCCCUAAACUGGACGGUAGCGGAUCUGCUUAAAGUGGAAACCGUCCAACGUCCUCCUGCCGUUUUGAACAUCGUCUCAGUUGGAAAUCAGAUGUUCUUUUCAUCCAUGCCUAAAACAGCGGAUUGAUGAAUGAUUGUGUGAAUAACACCAGAAAUAGUUCUGAGCUACAGAAAAGAAUUUGGCAGUUUGUAUCCCAAGACAGAUCCAGUUUUCUGCUCAGCAGACUGAAUGUCCAAAAUGGGCUGGGAAAGAUUCAUAUUUAAAGAUUUGUGUCAACAAUUUACUAAUUGAGAUUGUCGAGGAAAACCCACAAAACUUGUAACUUUUUCUUAUAAAUAUACUAAUGGUUUUAACUCGUCUAAAAUGAAAUGAUUAUUGAUCUGAUUAUUUCAAAGUAACCCAUUGAGUUCGAUGAAUCUCUCAGACACAUAACUUUUCUGUAGAAUAAAGAAGAUAAUCUGUUUUUUUGUGAUGGAGAAAGAACUGAAUCCCUCUGCUUUGUCUUUGGUUAUGUACUGUUAGUUUCAUGAUCAUUUUCGCUCAUGUUCUCUGUAAAUUUUGGUUUUUAUUUGAGGAGGAGCGCAUUCAUCUGUACAUUACAAAUUGUAGCAUGUAAGCUAAAAAAGAACAAAAAAAAUCUGACUUUCAUUCAUGUCUGUCACAUUUGUUUUAGCAACACAAUUUUAAAAAAGCUUUUUGCCAUUUAUAUUUUGUAAUAAAAAAGAUUAGAGUAAGAUUUCGCCUUUUGGCUUUUCUUGUGCUGGUUAAUAUUUAUUAAAUAUUUUAUUUUUAUUUUAUUUUGGUAUUGCACUGUGAUUUUUGAAGAGUAGGUUGUAAUUCUGGUAAAACAAUCCAAGAUUAUCUUCAUUAACAAGAAAAAUAUUUAUAUUUAGGUCAAAAUAUGUUCCUGAAACUGAACUAAUUGCAUCAGUUGUUGGGCAGAUUAAAUCAAACACCAAAUUUUCCCAGUUCAAAAUCAUUUGAAUUUAAUCCACUUUUCAUAAAUACUCUGCAGCAGAAUCAUGGUGGUGAAAAUAUACUGAUAUUUUAAAGUACAAUUUUCUUUUCUAUUGUCUUAAUUAGAAUAGAUCAGGAGUAAAAACAAAAAUGAGCUGCAAAAGGAGCAUCUGCACUGCUCAUUCAAUUACAAAAGUGUCACAUCACAGUUGGGUUUGCAGCUGUUAAUGUUUAAUGCAUUGCAUUUUAGGUGUUUUACACAAUUUUGUGCAUGUUCUGAAUGUAAUAUUUUGUGUGCAUAUGUGUCCUGUUUGUGUUUAAUUAUGUCUCCCGUUUCUGCCUGUUUUGCUUAUUUUGUUGUUGUGUUGCCUAUGUUUGUAGGCACAUCCAGAUAUUGUUAUUUUCCAAACAUUUUGGAACUUAAACAAAAGUAAAACUGUGAAAUUAGUGCAGCGGAUUAGCUGGAGAGAAACUAAUAAACUACAGAGAAAUGUGUCAUCGCUCUCAUGUCAUCUUCGUCUCAUCAUGUUGACAAGUGUCUUGCUGAAGAUCCAUGAAGUCUCAUGAAGAGUGCCAGCUGAUGGAGUCAUGGUUGAGUUUUUGAAAACAAACGAUAAGAGGAGAGAUGAAAACAAACGCAGACGGCAAAUUGGCCUCCAGGCUCCUGUAACUCAGUUCAAACUAUGGAUGUGUGAUGGAUUGUUCCUCUUCAUCCUUGUGUGAGUGUGUGUGCGUAUAUAUUUUUAAGAGGACUGAUUAUAAUAUAAUAAAUACAUUAUCAUCUUUGCA